UUUGCCACGCGUGUACCCGUUUCGUAGACUCUGGUAUUUAUUUCGAGUGCGCGGUGACGUCAGCUCCACAGGAAGUAGUAAGUGAACUUCCGGGAUCGAUUGCGCGUUCGUGCUGGAGGUCACUUUGCUUUAAAAAAAGGAAUAACUGUGAGGUUAACGGAAGUCAUGGGUGGGGACCAUGGACCCGGACACGGCAAGCUGCCCAUGCCGGAUUACAGAGUGUGGAAAUGGGAAGGAACGCCGCUGGAAGCAACCCAGGAGAGACUCGCUCGACGAGGACUGCGGGACCCCUGGGCUCGGAAUGAGGCGUGGAGAUAUACAGGCUCCUUUGGCGUCCCAGUCAGCCUGCGGGACAUCAUCUUCCGUGGAUUUAAGACCGGAUUCGCAGCGUUUGCAGUGGCACUGGCAGUGGAGUAUGCUUUCUUCCCUCCAAAGAAGUCGGAUCACUAAUAACGUGACUGAAGCUCAGCGGAGCCAGUCGUCCCCAGACUCUGUUUGCUGCAGGUUUUAAGCCUGUUGUUGUCUAUCCAUGAAAACAUUAGCCACGAAAGGCUUCCUAAUACCUGUGUUCAUCCGUCGGUAUGAUUCCCAUGACCAGUAUGUAAAAUAAACAUAAAUUUAUUGAACUGGG